AUGGCGGUGGAUUUGACUCCUCGGUUCAGACGACUGAACAGUCAAACCUGUUUCAGAGAGAAUAAACAACUGUCAGGUUUCUCUGGCCCCUUCAGGGCCACCCAGCUCUGGCAGAACAUCAUUGAAGCCCUGCGGUCGCAGGUGGAGCUCCGACCCCGCAGACAGCACCUGCGCAUCCAUCAUGACUGCUUCACCGGUUCCGACGCGGUGGACGUGGUUCUGAGCCUCCUCAUGCAGAACAUCUAUUUCUGCUCCAGCGAAGUGUCCCGUCUCAAAGCUGCCAGGCUGUGCCAAGCAUUAAUGGAGUCUAGAGUGUUUGAACCCAUCGGGAUGAAGCUCUUCAGACGAGAAAAAGAAAUGACCUUUGAGGAUUCCAGCUGCAGCCUUUACCGCUUCCUGGACGGAUCGGCCAAAAGGAGGUACAGUGGCAGUGAGAACCAAACUCCUGACAAACAAACUGGAAAGUGGAAGACCUCUUCAAGGUUUGGAGAAAUGCAGACGAUCUCCAACCCUUUGGUUCUUGGAUCAUCAGACAGAAGAGUGGAGAGACUACUGAAGAAUAUAAACCUGCACCCAUCCGUGCCCUCUGAUCUACAUCGUGCUGCAAUUUCCAACAGUUUCCUCUCAAAAAAAGUGGUGCGGGACGUUUGGAGGAAGCAGACGUUGCUUCAGUUGCUACAGGUGGUUGAGAUCUCCAUGCUGGACUGUAUUCUGACCUCGCCUGUGAAACCAGAGCCCCUGCGCUCAUCUCUGCGCCACCACCACGGCGACCUGGUCAUCUCCAACACCUGCGUGGAUCGUGAAGUCUCAGAGAGUCUCAACCUUCAUGAGUUGGACUCUUGGCUGGUGGCAGCGGUUGAUUGUCUUGAGCUGUUCCCAGAUCAGUUAAUCGUGGUUGCCAGUGAGCAGCUCAUCCAGCAGAAUACAUCAUCUGGGGAGGGGAAGCAUAAGAGACUGCUGUUCGACACCAUCGCCAAGUAUUACACCAGCCCAGAGAGACCUCCACUACUGCCAGGCCGCUACACCGACAUCCAGACUGGAAUCCUACAUCUUUUGGACUGUGGGAGAGGUCAGGAUGCUUUGAGAGCGACUCAGCUCUGUCUGCAGAUGUUGGAGUCCACGAGCAGAGACGAGUUACGCAGACUGUUGGGCUUUAUGGCAACCGCUGCAGAUAAUGAAGCUUUCAGACUGCACAAGCAGAUUGAGAACCGUGCUUUGGUCAGCAAGACGUUUGUGAAGGCUGUGAUCCAGAGUAAAGAAAUGACUCGAGUCCAAUGUGAGCAACUCCUGCUGUUCCUCAUGGAUAAUCACACUCAACUCUUUAAGACCCCGUUGUCAUUGAUUGAGGCUGUGAGGAAGACACUACAAACCUCGCAGCAAGGGAAGGACCUAGAUAAUAUAGCACUGUUCACAUUCUGCCAGCAGGUGUCGCUCCAGCAGUAUGAGGAUAACAAAGAUAAGGCCACUCUUGACAACUUAAAGCAGUUAAUGCACCACAUCGCUCUCAGUGACGACCUGUCCGUCAAACAGAAGAGAAGACUGGUCAAACAGUUUCAGAAACAUCACCCAGGGAUUUUCCUCCAGCACUUCUUCUCUACAUUCUAGAAAGUAAUGAACACUGGAUAUAAACAUAGUUUGUUAGUCCGUGAAGGUUGUUAGAAAUCCCAGGUUAUAGAAUUAUGUCAGGUAGCGUUGAACUUGUUUGUUAAACUUAUUUUUAUUAAUUGAAGGCAUUUUAACCUAAUAUAGCAAUUCGAAGAUUAGGGUUACUAACCUUGCAGAACUGUGGGUUACACUUCUUUGCCCUUGUUACAGUGUAAUUAUACAUUUAAGUACUGAGUAAUAGUCAUAAUUUCAUAUACUUACUAUAGGGUUAGGAUUAAGUUUGGUUCAUGUGAUCAGUGUUUGAUGUAACGCAUUACAACUAACGUAAAUUAAAUAAUCGGAUUACUUUUUCAAGUAACUAUUAAAGUAUCGGAUUACUUUUGAAUUUACAAUAAGUUACUUUUUCACAUAGGUAACAGCUAACUUUCCCAUUUAUUGACUGCGCUUCCUUCAGCCUAAAUCGUCUUCAUUUCAAUUUAGCGUUGAAAUGGCUUUUUUUUUUUAUAAAACAAACAAGCAAGCCCAGCCCAGCUGAGAAAAAGUAAUGCAAAAGUAACGUAACAUUACUUUCUAUAAAAAGUAACUAAGUAAUGGAUUAGUUACUGAUUCAUUGAAGCUUUAUAAGCAGGACAGUUAUUACACGUAUUAAUACUAUAAUGAAAACGUUAAUCACCACUGAACACUACACAGCUUUAAUCAGGUCAGAUACUUUUUUCACCUCAGUUUAGGAUUACUUGAAUUGUGCGAUAUACUCAGGUUUUUUCAAGCUAUUAGAGCUAGUUUUAGCUGCACUUGAAAUUGAGAAAUGGAUACCUAUGCCUUAAAGGUAAAGAUUCAUAUUAUGCUCUUUUUUUUGGAUCAUUAAUUUACUUACUUUUUAAUGAAUAUUGACCUUAUAUACCACUGUACUUCAUAUAAAUGUCAUAUUCUGAUUUUAAAUGUAUUUGUAUUGAAAAAUGUAGCAUAAUAAGGUGUAAUUAUUCUGAUUCAUAAUAGGCAAUUAUUUAGAAAUACAAAGGGAAUAUUUAAUUGCAAAAGUUAUUUUAACUUCUAAAACGAUGACUGAAUGCACUGGAUUAAAUGUGGUGUUGCAUAUCAAUGGUAUUUAUUAUGUACUUGAACAGAAAGUGAAUUAAAUUGCAUUACUGGUACUUUGAACUAAUGAAGUUGAUUAAUUCUUGUAUUGUAUUAGAUUUUUGUAGAUGCACUUUAAUUUUCUGAAAUUUAAAACUCAUUAAAAUACUUGCAAAAGC